AUGGCGCCGCGGCCGCCCCCCAGUGGCAGUGCGGGUCUGCGCAGUCCGCGCGCGGAUGACGGGAUAGAACCAGCGCAUGCGCGAGACGACCUGAUAAAAUUCGCGGAUCCUCCGCAUCCGGAGGCGAUCAAUUUCUCUGCGGCAGCGGCGGCGACAGCGGCGGAGGAGUUUUAUGAAGAAGUGGAGGAAGGGGAGGAGGAUGACGGGAGUGAGUUUCUGGAGCGCGCGCGGAGCCACCAGGAGGCGGAGGACGAGCGCGCGUACGAGCCGGAGGAGCAGAUCGACGUGUCGCGUUACAGCCUGCCGCUACAGACGCCGGGCGGCAAGGAGGACACGUUCCGGUUCUCGUGGCGGCGCUUCUGCAUCUUCGUGGGGCCGGGCUUCCUCAUGAGCAUCGCUUACCUGGACCCCGGCAACCUCGAGAGUGAUUUGCAGGCAGGCGCACAGACGGGGUAUGCACUGCUCUGGAUCCUCUUCUGGUCCACUGCACUCGGUCUGCUGCUGCAGGUGAGCGUGGGCCCACCCCACCCAGGCCACAGCAGCGCGCGUGGGAGUGGUAACAGAGUGCCACCCGGCAGAGCUGUGUCUCAUGGAAUACUCACCCCUCGUGUGCUGGGUGCUGUGGGGGAUGAGAGAAGUGGCCAUAGUGGGGGCGGGCCACCACUCCAACCCCCAAUCUCUCACCCUCGUUCUAACCCCUCUCUCCCCGUGCCUCUCCACAUCCCCCUUCCACCAAAUCACCCCGUGCAGGCCAUAGCAGCGCGCGUGGGAGUGGUGACAGGGUGCCACCUAGCCGAGCUGUGCCGAAUGGAGUACUCACCUCCCGUGCGCUGGGUGCUGUGGGGGAUGACGGAGGUCGCUAUAGUGGGGGCGGACAUUCAGGAGGUGAUAGGCUGCGCCAUCGCGCUGCGCAUCCUCAGCAGGGGGGCUAUUCCCAUCUGGGCGGGGGUGCUGAUUACAGGGCUGGACAGGUGCGUUUGCGGUUUGGUUUGGGUGAAGCACACGCCUGCUGUGCUGUGGGGGAUGACGGAGAUCACCAUAGUGGGCGCGGACAUUCAGGAGGUCAUUGGCUGCGCCAUCGCCCUGCGAAUUCUCUCAAGAGGGGCCAUUCCCAUCUGGCCAGGGGUGCUUAUAACGGGGCUCGACAGUUUCCUCCUCCUUUUCCUGGAGAGCUUUGGCAUCCGCACGCUGGAGGCGCGCGCUCGUUGCUUCCUGCUUUUAUUCCUCGAGAACUUUGGCAUUCGCAAGCUGGAGGCGCUCUUUGGGCUCUUCAUCGCUGUCAUGGCUGCUUCCUUUGCCCGCAUGUUCGUGGAAGCUGCGCCUGACGCGGGGGCCAUUGCUCAUGGCCUUCUGGUCCCUUCCAUACCCCGCGGGGCAACGAGCAUGGCAGUGAGCAUACUAGGCGCAGUCAUCAUGCCGCACAACAUCUUCCUCCACUCCGCCCUCGUGCAAUCGCGCGCUAUCAACCGCCACUCCCCACCGCGAGUGGCAGAGGCGCUGCUCUACUUCACGCUCGAGUCCGCCCUCGCCCUGCUGCUCUCCUUCCUCGUCAACCUCUGCGUCGUCUCCGUCUUUGCCCGCCUCUUCUACGGCCAACCGGGGGCAGUGGAUAUUGGGCUGGAUAACGCUGCUGAGUAUCUGCAGCAAGCGUUCGGCUCAACCACCUUCCCAGUGGUGUUCAUUUGGGCGGCCGGGCUGCUAGCAGCGGGGCAGUCAUCAACCAUGACAGGCACAUACACGGGGCAGUUCGUCAUGUCGGGCUUUCUCGACCUGCAUGUGCGCAAGUGGGUGCGCGUGCUUGUCACCCGCACCGUCGCCAUCGUGCCCACCAUCGUCGUUGCCCUGCUCUACACCUCGCCGGCUUCUCACACACCACACUCACCACCGCAGCUGUCACCACCCAUGGCAGCACUGGCUGUGCAAGUGACAGGGGGAGCGGGUACAGUAGAAGGGGCAGCAGCAGCAGCAGCAGCAGGCGGAUUGCUCAACGAAGCGUUUUUCACUCCGUCUCCCUUUCCAACCUCCUCCAUGCCCUUCCCUCUCACCAACACCUCCCUUCCUGCCCCCUCUUUCUCCUCCUCACCUGUCUCAUCCAGCCCGUCAUCACUGCAACUUUCAACCUCGCAGCACACCCCACUCUCCACCUCACUACCCUCCGCACCGCACAUGCUAUCACUCUCGUCGUUGGACGUGCUGAACCAGUGGCUCAACGUGCUGCAGUCCGUGCAGCUGCCCUUUGCUGUCAUCCCCCUGCUAGCCAUUGCAUCGUCAACACACGUGAUGGGAAGAUAUGCCAUCAAGGGAGCAGUGAAGGUGCUAGCGUGGGCAUCAGCAGCGCUGGUAAUCACUAUCAACCUCUACCUCCUCUUUGACUUCGCCACAACCAACUUCCCUCACUCGCUCUCAACAUUCCUCCUCCUCCUCCUCCUCUCCCUCCCCUACCUCCUCUUCCUCAUCCACCUCGCCCUGCACCCCCGGAGCGAGGGCUCCGAGUUCAACCAUCCGCACCGCUCUCGAUCGCACAGAACCUGCAGCAACGAACACUGCCAUCUCUUCAGUCCCACUGGGGUUGAUCAGUCGGAUUGUGUAACUUGUUCUGGUGCUCCUGAUGCUACCGGUGCUCCUGAUGCUACCGGUGCUACUGGUUCUGUUGGUUCUGGUCAAAUAAAUGAGAGUGUAGGUGGCUCAGUUUAUAGUUGUCGCAACAGCAGCAGCAGCAGCAGCAGCAGCAGCAGAGGGACAAUCCUCCCACUUCCUCCAGGUGGACGUGCGGGGGCGGGAACUGGGCUACGCACGCCUUUGCUGGAGGAGAAGCUGGACGAAUAG